CAAGCAUGCUGCAAGCAGCUUUAUCGCGUGCCUUAGGCACGUCCUCCGCCGCGAGGGCUCUGGCCCAAACGCUGCCACGCCCAUCCCUUUGGGUACCCCGCCUGCGGAUUCGUCCCAGCGCGGCCUAUUCAACCGCGCCCAAGCCCUCACAACAACCACCUACGCCAAAUCUUCGCGGCAAUGUUGGCCGCGGUGGGCCCAUUAGCUGGACGACCUUGGCCGUCAUGCUGGGUCUUGGAGGCGCCGCUGUCUACUAUUUUGAUCAUGAACGCCAGCGCGUGGAGAAAGUGCGCGCCAAGCAACGUACGUCUUCAGUAGGGCAGUCGGCGCUCGGGGGUGAUUGGACCUUGACAGAUAUGCAUGGGGAGAAGCGGCACAACACCGACUUUUUGGGCCAGUGGCACCUCCUCUACUUUGGCUUCACCUUUUGCCCCGAUGUGUGCCCGGAAGAAUUGGACAAGAUGGCUGAGGUCAUCAACCACCUUGACGCCCAAAGCAAACUGCCCAAGAUCCAGCCACUGUUCGUGUCAGUGGACCCAGACCGCGACACGCUUCCCAAAAUUCAAGCCUAUGUUGAACAGUUUCAUCCGCGGUUGCUGGGUUUGACGGGAACGCACGAGCAAAUUAAGCACAUCUGCAAGAAGUUUCGUGUCUACUACUCACGGCCCCAGGUAGAUGGUGAUGAAGAUUAUUUGGUUGAUCACUCCAUCAUCCAGUAUCUGAUGGAUCCAGAAGGCCACUUUGUAGCCUACUACGGCCAAAACAUGACAGCGGAGCAGAUGCUUGAGAGUGUCCAAGAUCACAUUCGCGAGUACAACGCCGCUCAUUGAUAUCGAGCGAGAUGGGCAAAAGUCAUCGUUAAGGAAGCAACCCACUCAGAAAUUGACUAGAACUG